CACGGUCUUAAAGCAAAGCAAAGACAAAAGAAAAGAAAAGAAAAAAAAAACGUUGUGUCAACCCUAAACCUCAAACAAAAGCCCUAAAUUUGAUUCUCUCGCAAUGGGUCGCCGAAAGAACAGCAACGACAACAACAUGAACCAGAGCUCACACUCACACCAUUCCCACAACUCGAAGAUCCGCUUCGAGGACCCCGAGGAGGAGGAGGAGGAGACCACCCAGUGUUCCAACAACCUCGACGAGUCUAUGUGCGACCCCGAAUGUUCCGACAAGGCCAUUGAUGAGCCCAACGACGUGUCGUUUAUGGAUGGCGAUGACAAAACCAGUGCCGACUAUUACUUCGAUUCCUACUCUCACUUUGGUAUUCAUGAAGAAAUGUUGAAGGAUGUUGUGAGAACUAAGACAUAUCAAAAUGUUAUUUAUCAGAAUAAAUUUCUAUUCAAGGAUAAAGUAGUUCUUGAUGUGGGGGCUGGUACUGGAAUUUUGUCCCUAUUUUGUGCCAAAGCUGGUGCUGCACAUGUUUAUGCGGUUGAGUGCUCCCAUAUGGCUGACAUGGCAAAAGAGAUUGUUGAAGCAAAUGGAUUUUCUAAUGUUAUAACUGUUUUGAAGGGGAAGAUCGAAGAAAUUGAUCUUCCAGUUGCUAAAGUGGAUAUAAUUAUUUCCGAAUGGAUGGGUUACUUCUUAUUGUUUGAGAAUAUGUUAAAUACUGUCCUGCAUGCUCGUGACAAAUGGCUUGUCGAGGAUGGAGUUGUGCUACCUGACAAAACUUCCCUAUACUUGACAGCCAUUGAGGAUGCCGAGUACAAAGAUGACAAGAUUGAAUUCUGGAAUAAUGUAUAUGGCUUUGACAUGAGCUGCAUCAAGAAGCAAGCAUUGAUGGAGCCUCUUGUUGACACAGUUGACCAGAACCAAAUUGUUACUAACUGCCAGUUACUAAAGACAAUGGAUAUCUCCAAGAUGGCCCCUGGGGAUGCUUCCUUCACAGCUCCUUUCAAGCUUGUGGCAGAACGUGAUGACUACAUCCAUGCUCUUGUAGCCUAUUUUGAUGUAUCAUUUACCAAGUGUCACAAGUUGACAGGCUUCUCCACAGGGCCAAGAUCGAGGGUUACUCAUUGGAAGCAAACGGUCCUGUACCUGGAAGAUGUGCUGACCAUUUGCGAAGGUGAGGCAAUAGUUGGGAGCUUGGCUGUGGCACAAAACAAGAAAAAUCCCCGUGAUGUCGAUAUAAUGCUCAAAUAUUCAUUAAAUGGUCGGCGUUGCAUGGUUUCAAAAACCCAGCACUAUAAGAUGCGCUAAAGCUCUGCGUGUGUUGCCAAUGCUUUCCAUUAUUGGGUGAAAUCCAAAGUGUUGAGCUCGAGGUUGCCGCACAUCAAACUAUCUAAAAGCUGCCUAGAAUUUUUAACUGAAAAAUGAGCCACAAACUGGCUGGUUUUCAGGCUGUAACUUAUCAGAUUAUUCUUUCUUAUGAUUUGAUGGCAUAAUAUUGCUGUGUAAUGCUAAAAUUUUGAAAAAUGAUUUAUAUUAGCCGGUCACCUUUUUUUUUU